GGCAGCUGUGGGCAGGGAGCCGGGCUCGGCCGCCAGCACUAAAGAUGGAGAGGCGCCGGGGCCUCGCAGGGGAGGGGGCUCGGCGUUGACGUGGGACGCGGCGGAGGCGCAGCAGCCGGUGGUGAUUUGCUAACCUCGCAGCAGAGAGGAGUUGAGGGCGAUGAGAGCGGGUACUGCGAACUGCCCGGCGAUGCCGCCGCUGCCGCCGUGAUACGGAGAGCAACAGUUCCCCAGCAACACCCCUCCCCGACACAGGCACACACCCCCCAACAGGCACGCACACCCACCCCACAGUGCCCGGCUCGGCAGCGCCCCCUUCCUUGGCCCAGAAAGCCCACCCUGCCCCACCACACAGAGCCCAGAAGGAAAGAGAGCCUGAUGCCUGAGCCGAGGGGAGCACCAUGGAUCUGACGAAGAUGGGCAUGAUCCAGCUGCAGAACCCCAGCCACCCCACGGGGCUGCUGUGCAAGGCCAACCAGAUGCGACUGGCCGGGACUCUGUGCGACGUGGUCAUCAUGGUGGACAGCCAGGAGUUCCACGCCCACCGGACGGUGCUGGCCUGCACCAGCAAGAUGUUUGAGAUCCUCUUCCACCGCAACAGUCAGCACUAUACUCUGGACUUCCUCUCGCCAAAGACCUUCCAGCAGAUUCUGGAGUACGCGUACACGGCCACGCUGCAAGCCAAGGCAGAGGACCUGGAUGACCUGCUGUAUGCGGCCGAGAUCCUGGAGAUCGAAUACCUGGAGGAGCAGUGCCUGAAGAUCCUGGAGACCAUCCAGGCCUCAGAUGACAAUGACACGGAGGCCACCAUGGCCGAUGGCGGGGCCGAGGAAGAAGAGGACCGCAAGGCCCGGUACCUCAAGAACAUCUUCAUCUCGAAGCAUUCCAGCGAGGAGAGUGGGUAUGCCAGUGUGGCUGGACAGAGCCUCCCUGGGCCCAUGGUGGACCAGAGCCCUUCAGUCUCCACCUCAUUCGGUCUUUCAGCCAUGAGUCCCACCAAGGCUGCAGUGGACAGUUUGAUGACCAUAGGACAGUCUCUCCUGCAGGGAACUCUUCAGCCACCUGCAGGGCCCGAGGAGCCAACUCUGGCUGGGGGUGGGCGGCACCCUGGGGUAGCUGAAGUGAAGACAGAGAUGAUGCAGGUGGAUGAGGUGCCCUGCCAGGACAGCCCUGGGGCAGCCGAGUCCAGCAUCUCAGGAGGGAUGGGGGACAAGGUUGAGGAAAGGGGCAAAGAGGGGCCCGGGACCCCUACUCGAAGCAGCGUCAUCACCAGUGCUCGGGAGCUGCACUAUGGGCGAGAGGAGAGUGCUGAGCAGCUGCCACCCCCAGCGGAGGCUGGCCAGGGCCCCACUGGCCGACCUGAGCACCCGGCACCCCCGGCUGAGAAACACCUGGGCAUCUACUCUGUGUUGCCCAACCACAAGGCUGAUGCCGUGUUGAGCAUGCCGUCUUCGGUGUCCUCUGGCCUCCACGUCCAGCCUGCCUUGGCUGUCUCCAUGGACUUCAGCACCUAUGGGGGUCUGCUGCCCCAGGGCUUCAUCCAGAGGGAGCUGUUCAGCAAGCUGGGCGAGCUGGCUGUGGGCAUGAAGUCAGAGAGCCGGACCCUCGGGGAGCAGUGCAGCGUGUGUGGGGUCGAGCUUCCCGAUAAUGAGGCCGUGGAGCAGCACAGGAAGCUGCACAGUGGGAUGAAGACAUACGGGUGCGAGCUCUGCGGGAAGCGGUUCCUGGACAGUUUGCGGCUGAGAAUGCACUUACUGGCUCAUUCAGCGGGUGCCAAAGCCUUCGUCUGUGAUCAGUGCGGUGCCCAGUUUUCGAAGGAGGAUGCCCUGGAGACACACAGGCAGACCCAUACAGGCACAGAUAUGGCUGUCUUCUGUCUGCUGUGUGGGAAGCGGUUCCAGGCACAGAGUGCGCUCCAGCAGCACAUGGAGGUCCACGCGGGCGUGCGCAGCUACAUCUGCAGCGAGUGCAACCGCACCUUCCCCAGCCACACGGCCCUCAAACGCCACCUGCGCUCACACACAGGUGAUCACCCAUACGAGUGUGAGUUCUGUGGCAGCUGCUUCCGGGACGAGAGCACACUCAAGAGCCACAAACGCAUCCACACGGGUGAGAAACCCUACGAGUGCAAUGGCUGCGGCAAGAAGUUCAGCCUCAAGCACCAGCUGGAGACGCACUAUAGGGUGCACACAGGUGAGAAGCCCUUUGAGUGUAAACUGUGCCACCAGCGCUCCCGAGACUACUCGGCCAUGAUCAAGCACCUGCGGACGCACAACGGCGCCUCGCCCUAUCAGUGCACCAUCUGCACGGAGUACUGCCCCAGCCUGUCCUCCAUGCAGAAGCACAUGAAGGGCCACAAGCCCGAGGAGAUCCCGCCCGACUGGAGGAUAGAGAAGACUUACCUCUACCUGUGCUAUGUGUGAAGGGCGCCCGGCCUGGAGCAGGGGCAGGGAGCAAAGGAAGAAAAUUAGAGCGAGAUGGAGUCGAGGGAGGACUGUGGGGGAAAAAAAAGGAAAAGAAAAAAAAAGAAGGAAAACCGAUAGCUGUUUGGCCUUGGAUUCUCUGUGGGGCUCCAGGUGACCUGGAUGCCAAGCCACUGCCCCUUCCCUGGGGGUCUCCGCCCUCCUUUCCCGGCUGGAGGUUUGCCUGAUUUUCUGGGGUGGGGAUGGUUUUGUUCACUCAGAUGGUGGCAUAGUUUUCUCCUCUCUACCCAGACCCUCCUUUUACGUCCAGAGAUGGAGGCUAGGCAGUGGGUGAGAGGUCCUCUGGCCAGAGCCAGUCUCUGCCUGCCCGCCUUCCUCCCCCUGCCCCCUCAGAAGGUGACCCGAGGGGAGCAGGAGGGGGCUUCUCUGCAGGCGGCAGGGCUGGGUCACCGGUUGGCACUCACAUGGCAGCUCUGGUUCGCUGGGGGCAGACUCGGAAGGGGAAGGGCUCUCUUUCUCUUCCCACCACUCAGUCCCUCUGCUGCUUUCCUCUGCUCUGCCACAUCCGGUGUCCCCUUGUGGCCUCCGAGAGCCUCAUGGCUCCUGCCCUCUGCCCCAGCUCUUUGCUCCUGGCCUUCCCUUGGCUCCUGUCCUCCAAGUCCUGUCCUGGGGGCUCCCAGCCCCGCACCCGCCUCCAGUUUCCCAGUGGGAAAGCUGGGUCGGACUCCAGAGCCCCUCCCACCCUUAGCCUUCUGAGGACACGAAACUAAAUAAAUCGAACACCCCGCCCUAGGCAAGCCCAGUCAUGGGCAAGAUCCCUGCUGAGCUGCUUCCGAAAGGGAAGAACAUAACAGCUAAAUAUAUAAUAUCCUUCCAAACAGAAACCCCCACAGCCCUACGUCAGUCCCUGGAGAAGGAAUCCAUGAAAGGCUCCUGGUCCAAGGGACAGUUGUGGAUGUCUGUCUCCAGGUGGGCCCUACACCUGGAGAAGGGACAUCCUGCCCAGGGAAGGGCUAGCUGGCCAGGGGAGGAAGGUGUCGAGUCACCCUGGGGAUCCCAGACACGGUGAGCUCAGUGGGAAAACCCAGGUCCAGAGAGUAACGUGGAAUUCCCUACUCACAGGGCCCCUCAGCCCGCAGGGAGGAGGAGGAGGAGGAGUUGAAAGCGCUUUGGCCUUGUGUUAUGUUUUGCUUCUUUUCUGUGUCCCCUUUUAGCACAUUGUACUUGAAUUACCUCGGUUUUUUGUGACCUCAUGAGCUUUUUUAACCUCUGUAUCUCUUUUUUGGUUGGGGGUGAAAGGAAUGGGGAGGGCGUCCUUUUCUGUUUCUUGUAUAAAUUAAUAGUAGUUUGUAUAGACUUCAGCUGACCAGGGCCUCCUGGAGUCCCUGGAGACUAGCCUCCAGCUGGAAGGAGCUUUGUGCAGGAGGGAUUGACACUCAGGAUCUAGUGUGAGGGCCGGGAGGGCAGAGCAGGUGGGUAGGGAAGGGAUAGUGCAUGGGGCCUCAGUGUCCCCAUGGGGCAUGCACUCAGCAGUCACUGUUGGCUCUGCCCGGGGCAUGGAGUCACCUGUGCCCAGCAUCAGAUCAGCCCAAAACACUCUGGAGAAAAUCCCACCUUUCUUCCCCGAGGUUGGUCAUUCAAAUUUGAGGGCAUGUACUACUCAGAUCCUUGCAACUCUGUGGCCCCAGCUCUGCGUGCAUUAUCGUUGCCAAAACUGGUCUCUCUUCACAGCUGGUCGGGGGCGAUCAGCCUUUAUUCUGUUGUGUUGGGUGGGGGUGUUAUUUUUCUAAAAGCUACCUCUUAUGUUUGUCCAGUCGUUCUUUUGUUCCUUGCCUGCCUCUGCUGCUCUUCCCCUUGUCCUUGCCCCACGCUCCCCCACCCUCCCCCUGAAUUUUGGAAAGCACAUUUGCAAUAUUUGUGUUUGCUUUGGGACGGGCGCCCUCCGUUUCAUCUCAUGCUUUAUGUGUAAGAGUUUUUAUUAUUUUUGUUGUUUCUUUCCUUUCUCUCGCUGAGAAAGUUGUGGCUGCGUUUUGAUCUUAGGUUUUAAAAAGUGGUUUAGGGAAGCGGUUUUGGGGAGAAGGAUUGUGAGGAGUAUAGGGGAGCUAGGGAUGGGUGCUGCUGUGACUUACCCCCUGUCCCUCGGCCCCGUCCCUCCUGCCCUCCCCUUCAAUCUCAUCCGCCAAAUCUGAAGGCCUUAAAAAUUGUAUGUUGGGGGGAUGUGAAUUGGGGGACUACGUCGCUAGACUGUCAAUUAGGGAUGAUGAAGUAGGGAGGAUGCUGUUUUGCAACUAUAAUAACGACGUAGCGUUUUGGAAAGGAAAAAAGUUAAACUUGAAAUAUGUGACUAGGACAGUUGUCAUGUCUAUAAUGUGAAAAGAGUGAACUCGUUUGGGGGAGGGGCAGUCUGUAAGAAAUCAUUAUGCACUAUGGCUUCCUCCCCCCUCCUCUGGGAAGAAGGGAGGACUAGCUGGCCCUCAGGGGAUCUGUAAAUCCCAGAAAACAGUAUUUUUAACAGCAAGAUGUCAUUCAACCUGGGUGGGGAAAGAAAAGAAAAAUCAAACUAUUCCAUAGAAGUAGCUGGCCCCCUCACUCCCCUGCCCUCCCCACUCAGCCUGGGUCCCUCCUCCCCAUUCACAAAAGCUGAGAGGGUUGAGCUAAUCUUUACAAAUUGUAAUAUUUUUGUAACAUUUGUUAGUUCCUUCGUCAGUUCCGCAGAACCUUGCCCUUUCCUUUUGUAAUGUGAAUAGGAA